UUUACAAACGUUUUACACUUGCGCUGUACACAACCAAAAAAAAAAAAAAAGAACGAUCUGAAAAGAAAAGAAAGAGAAAAAGAAAAUCUUGGAGUUUUGGUUUUGGUAUUUUUUGGGUGUGUUGCUCGCAAAGCACGUAUAGUUAAGAUUCCUUUUGUUUAUUACUGUUGACGUUUGUAAGAAAUGUGUUUUGCAUUGGAUUGGUUUGAUCCGUUUGAUAAGCUAAGGAUGUGGGCUACCGACUGUUGAUUUUUGAGGUAACUGCUCUUUCGAGCUUGAUUUUGGUUGCAAAUGGAGGGAGAGAUUGAAGAGCCUUUCGGCAUUAAUUUUCAGGCAGAAUCUUGGCAUUCUGGUUCUAUAUCAUUUGGAAGAUUUGAGAAUGAACCUCUAGCUUGGGAAAGGAGAUCCUCUUUCUCACACAAUAGGUAUCUUGAAGAGGUUGAGAAAUGCUCAAAACCGGGUUCAGUUAUUGAGAAGAAAGCUUAUUUUGAAGCUCACUUCAGGAAGAAGGCACUUCUUCUUCAAGUUUCAUCUGGGGGCCAAAAUGAAGGAGAAGAUCAAACCUGCGAGAGUGAUGUCGUGGAGAAUGAGGGUUACAGAGAAUAUCAAACUGGUGAGAAUGAUGCUGCAGAGAAUGAGGGUUAUGGAGAUGAAUCUGAUAGUAUAAGUAAAGGUAGCCAUUACAAUCAUUUUGAUGAGAAUGGCUUGGAUGAUGUGGAUUAUGGGGGAAGUUUUUGUUAUGGAAAUGAAGGGAGCCUAUUUGAUCAUGGAAAUGCAGGGAACCAAUUUGAUCAUGCAAAUGAAGGUAGCCUUUGUGCCCACUUUGACAAGAGUCCUGAAGAUUCAGAUUAUCUUGGUGAGAGUGUGUUGAUUGAAUGUGGAAGAGAAUAUCCUGGAGUUUUAUCCGCCCGUGAAACUCAUGUUUUGGUCCCUGGAGAUGUUAAACUUGAGGAAACUCAUCAAAGUGAAAUUGGAUGUGAUAAGCCACUUAUAAGCAAUGAUAAGCCAAAGAAAGAAGUAAAAGAAAACUUUUAUGAAGAUUCAGUUAACAUUGAUGAAUCAACUAAGCCCUGGGAUACAUCCCCCAAUACUGGACCCACUAGGGAAAUUGUUACUACUAAUUUUGAAAAUCUGCAAAAUGAUUCUUCAAAGUUGAAGCCUCCUAUUGAAAAUAAAGCUACCAAACCAAGGUUGAAGUCUCCAGUGAUUCCUGAUCAUUCCCAGAAGAACAUUUCUCGUGAUCCUUCAAAAGUACCUGCAAAAUUUCAGGUAAGAAGUGAAAAAGAGAUUACAGGGAGAGCAAAAGCAGAAAAACUGCCAUUACAAACCGUCACUCCAACUAGAUGUUCAAUGCACAGAUCUCCAAAAAAAGAGGAUUCUAAAAGAGCCAAUGCAAAAUUAAGUGUUGAGAAUAAAAGUAUUAAAGGACCAAUGACAAAGAAAGUAAUUGAAACUCAAUCUUCUUCACCUAAGAAGAUUGAACUUGUUGCUCGCCUGACACUGAACAGGUUUAAGCAGACUGUCAAUUUAACUAAGGCAGAUGGAAAGCCGAGUGCAGGAGCUUUCCAAUUCAGAAGUGGUGAACGAGCAGAAAGGAGAAAAGAGUUCUACAUGAAAUUGGAAGAGAAACUGCAUGCCAAAGAGGUUGAGUUGAACCAAAUUCAAGCAAAAACACAGGAAAAGACAGAGGCUGAGAUUAAGCACUUGAGAAAAAGCCUUCAUUUCAAAGCAAAACCCAUGCCUUCUUUCUAUCAUGUUGCUGCAACACCAGGAUCUACUGGAAACAAGGCUGCAUCCUCUACUAUGAAACCAGCUAAAGUACGACAGAAGUCAGCAAGUCCAGGGAUAGGACCAACUCCAAGAUCACCAUCACUCGCCAGGGAAGCAAAUAAACACGUCCUUUCUGCUAGUGAAUCUGUAGGUGAGUUGGACUGUCCUACAGUUGAGUCAUCUCAAGCUGGCACCUUAUCUUCGACUCCACCAACUGAUAGUCUCAGCUCCCUUGAAUCUGUGACACAAAAUGUGGUCCUUUCAAAGAAAGAGCGAGGGAAAGAGAGCAGUAAUUUUCCCAAACAUCGAUUAUCGGAGAGUAGUAAGGUUAUAAAAGAUCAUAAGAUUGGUGGCGGGACAAAAGUGGGAACCCAGAGAAAUAGCAGUGAGAUGGUGAGGAAGAAUAUUAAAAGUGCUGGAAUUGCCAGUGGUUCUAGAAUUGGCCGUUUGGCAGUUGUGGCUUCCUGAAAUGAUCUGCCAUGGUGUUCCAUCUUCUCCUUUUCUCCUUUCCAAUUUGGCCUAGGCUGCCAACAGAAGUAUCCUCGAUUCUAAUCACGAGUUGCCUUCAAUGCACUUUGAAUUAAACUGUACCCGGAGUGUCAUGGUGUCAGGUUACAUUGAAAUUCAUAUUUCAUGCAGCAGUAGAGAAGUAGCAAGGCCAAUAAUAGGUUGUUGAUAGUAGUGUAUUCCUCCCUUUUAGUUACUUUCGUUACUCAAAACAACUUAAAUUAUGCUUUGUGGAAUGCAACAUUUAGCUGGAAUAGUCAAUUAAUAAAUGGUGGCCCUGUUUGAUACUUGAAGGGUUCUGUAUCCUUUACCAAGAUAUGCGAGUCAUAUUGUAUAAUUUACAUGUAAUAAGUCUCCCUCCGAUAUCAUUAACUUGAAAGAAAAUCAUAAAUCAAAUUAAUAUUACAGCAAUUUGAUUGUGAUAUUCCUGAUCUUUGAGUCUUCGUGCAAGAAUGGCUGUCAUCCAAAAUAGGUGAUGCACGCAGAACGGUUAGGACAAAACGGGUCAAAGAGUAAGUGCCGGGGCCACCGCACUCUUUGAUUCCUUUGUCUUUCACUAAAUCACCAUUUUUCCACA